ACGAAGAUUUACACGUUCGAAUACGGAUUAUUUUGUAACAUAUUUAGAAAAUCAUGUUGUUUAUGUUUUUCACCAUUAUCAUUUGUCAUUUGCAAGGGAAAAAUUAAAAUGUAAACUGAUAAUGAUAUUAGUGAAAGAUUCGUUUACAACCAGAAAUCGUUAAAAAUAAAAAGAUCGACUAUUACAGGCUGCUGCACUUCCUUCUUUAUUUUUUAGAUAGAUUCUAACUAAUUACAACAAUUUAGAGCACACUAGCGUGUAAGCAAUGGCGCCAUGUUUUUGUGGCUAUGUAUUUCUGCAAUUACUUCUCGGAUGGUUAAUUUAUGUUAUAUUAAUACAGUAAUAAGCGUGUCUCACAACAAUGCCGGCACAUGCUAACCUUUUGUCGGCAUCUUUAGUCACUUUUCUUCUCUUCGCUGUUACAUACGUCUCAUAAUAAAGCCGUGUAGUUAACCUAUCUCGGUCUUGUAUCAUUUAUCGUAUCGUUUCGAGGUAAACAAGUGACAUGAGUGUGUAAUCGAUGCGCGAUUAGUAUUCGUGGGCAAAUGUCUUUACGCAUUUGCUGAACAAUUUUCUUGGUAAGCGUUAAACAUUCCGUCAACUAUUCACUAAACUUCUUGUAGUGAUUUCUUAAUUAACAGCUAUAUGCCAGUCAAUUAUCGACGUUCUAUCUCAUAUUGGUCGACAGUACGUAGUUUUAGACGGUAAGCACUAUAUAGUGUCGCGCGUGUCACUGUCAAUAUUGCAACUCGUGAGAUUCGAUGGAUUACAGAAACUCAGAAUUGAACAAAAAAGUGAUCAGAUAAUUUUCGAACUGGCGAAUGAAACUUGAAACAUAAUCGGCAAUCACGUUUGUUGUGUCAUUGUUUUAAUUUAUAAGAACAGAAGCAGAAGACAUUCUGAUUGAUUCAUUACUGAAAAAAGUGAAAAUCUGCACAUUUAUGAUUUUGGAACAAGAGAAGCUAAGCUGGCUAUGUUCUAGUUCCAAAAGGAUAUUACUCAUCCAAACUGGCACUUCAAAACGAUAUUGAUGCACCAAAGGAGCGAAAGAUCCUUUUAUCCUAUUUCUACGAAUAAACAAUACACACGCAACAAUAAGAUUUUCAUUCGGUCGAGAACUGAUUUAUUGUAAUGCAGCACGAUCGAUUACGUCUAUAGAAUCGAAACUGAUGUUUAAUUACCUAUUAUCCGAGAGGAAGUAGACGAUGUAAGAAACAAGUGAUUUCUUAAAAUCAAUCGGAGCAUGCUAUUGGAGUCUAUCGGUAUUCUCGCGCGCGGCAUUAUCGCGGCGCACGCGGUCGCUCACGAAUUCGGAGUAACGUAAAUUCCGAUAAGUUACCGGUGUGUCGGAAACUUUGGUGAGACGCGGUUGGAGGGAACGAUGAAGCACGACGUCGAGGUUGUUUGAGAGAGGGGAAAGAGCGGGAAAGCGGGACGAAGCUCGAGGACUACAGAGAGGAGAGCGCGAGGAGGAAGGUGGGCCGUGAGUUUGAGAGAGGGAAGAGCAAGAGGCAAGAGGGUGGCGGCAACGAAGCUAUGACGGGAGGGGAGGGGGUGAUGGUCGGGAAGGGAGGGUUAGUGUUCAUGUAGGAGGGAGGGAAAGAGCGGAGCGGAGCGCGCUAUCGGCGAGCGCCUCGGUUCGGUCGAGUCGGCCGACGUCGGCCUCGAUCAGCCGCUCGGCGCUCAGUUCGAGUCGGACCUCCGUCGUAGUCGGAUUGUGUCGUUCUGCCGCGCUGUCUCUCUCUCUUUCUCUCUUUCUCCUUCUCUUUUUCUCUCAUUCCCUCCCGUGGGCACGCGCGCGCGCGCGCCACUGUGUAUGUGUGUUCCUCGUUCUCCCUCUAUGUCCCCCUUUUCCCCCGCAACGACAACGAGUUCCGCCCAGUGAAAAAGAGUCGUGCUUUCCUGCAAACAAGACGCGUCCUCGACGGCAGUUGUUUGUUUUCUGGUUCCGCGGUGUCGUGGUGACACAAACAGCAAAGUCGAAGAAGCGAGGGACCGCGCGUGCGGAGGAGAGGAGAGACAACGAGUCGCCGCGUGUACCGUGCCGCUCGUGUGGGUUCCCGUCGUUGUUGUGUCGUUCCCAUUGCCGUUGUCGUCGUCAACGUUGUUGGUGCGAAUAGUUUCAUUCAACGGAAGGAGAAGUAGGUUAGCACACGGUGCCUUCGCGUCACCGCGGUAAAAUAUACCCGGUUCUCCGACCACUUCUCUCUCUACACCUUUUACGCGAACUCGCGGAGUGUGUACCAUCCCGAUGUGGUGACGUUUAACCAACGCGUACUUCUUUUACGUAACGAAAGCGCGUUAGAACGCGCGCGUGCGCUCUAUAUGUAAUCCGUCUUCGGUUUCUGUCCUUCUCGUUUGUCGGUUGCAAGCGAGAAUCUUCGAUCAUCGGUAGUACGCCGCGUUCUCGUGUGUGCUCGUGUUCCAUCGGAUCGGCCGAUCGGUCAUUUUCGUCUCGUUACCAGUGGCUCUGUGUGUGGAUUUCGUGCCGCAUUGCUUUCCCGUCUUUCGUCCGAGAUACAUACUCCGAUCGUGAUCGCCGUGUAAUUCGCUCCGAUUUUCGCGCUUUCGACGCAGCGGUUUCUUUCCAUUGUAUUACAGCUACCGAGUCGGUUCGAUACGCGUCGAUAUCGCAUUGGAUUCGACCAAGUUCACGGAGCAAAGCGCGCGCCUGUUCCGUGAACAAGCCAGUUUCCAUUCAACAACUAUCUUAACAGUGUGAUCGAAACUAAACGUUCGUGCUUUUACAGUAAGGUGUUUUCUUCGUACGGAUACGUAAACCAGCCUGGCUACAUAUGUACACACAGACAUUGGAAAACGGUGCUAUUCAACUAGCACCUUCUGCAUCGAAUACUCUUCAUUGAUUCAAUUUCGUAUUGUUUUGUGGUGUUUCGUGAGAGGUGUGUUUGUUCAAACCUCCGAGUGGUGCGACUGUUCUAAGUGUGAUUUAAAUCAGUGAUUUCAAAGAAAAAGCCGAUUAUAUUCGGUAAGCAAAGAAAAAAAGAAAAGAAAAAAAAGUGAAAGUUUUAUCAGUGCAGUACUACGCUAUUGUGGAUUAUUGGAUAUAUUAUACACUACUCUGCGAUCUGCCGACGGAGCGCAACAUUGCGGCUCACAAUUUAUGUUUCGUUGGAAAACGAACGAGAAGCAGAUUGGAAACAAUUUAUAUUUCUGCUUACACUUUGGUCAGUCGAUGGAUGCAGAGACAAAGCCGGAGUAGCUCGGAGGUGGAGGUUGCGCUUAUGCGCCCCGUAAGCACGGCUGGCUAAUAGCACACCACGGCCUAUCCCUGACACCCUGCAGCCACACCAGACAAGCAGUCGGCGUGACAUGGAUGUGAGCUUCACGAACGUAUUAGAGGGGGCUCGCCAGUACUUUCAGGGACUGCCGGUACCGAGUACAGGUAGUGCGGCCGCGUCAGCGGAUCACAGUCUCGCGACAUCAACGAGUUCUGCUUCGUCCAUAUCGUCGUCGCACGACCAUGGCAACGCCUCGACCGUGGCUCCUUCGUCACCGGCACCAUCCGUAUCGCAAGCACCACCGUCACUAUCGUUACCGCCGCAAUCGACUUCGAGCGGAAACACAACCGGUAACGCUGGGAACAGUGGGUGCAACGGCGGGAGCAACGAUCAGGAAACGAGUCGAUAUCUCAACGACGUCAGACCGUCGUCGGUGGACAACGCCACGGCCAGUUCCAGCACUUUCUGGAGCCCAUCCGUCGAACCUUAUCCUCCUCAACCAACGAGGGUUGAAGUGCCGGAUACGAGGCCAGGCGAUGACGGAUCCUCCAUGGAGGCGAGCUCAUCGUCCUCGAGUAUCAUCACUUUAACGGAGAUGCAGCCGUCGAGCAGUCGAUCCUCGUCGACGUCAAAUUUCUCACAGAAACAAUCGACCUCCUUGACAUCGUCGUCCAACGAUCUUCAUCAUCACUCGCAGCCGACGACAGCGACAGCGCCAAGUUCACCGCACUUGCAUCAAAUGCAACCACCUCAACAGCCACACUCCCCUGGUCCGGUGUAUCAACAAUUAAACCCUGUCUCGAGAACGUCGUUUUCUACAGCGGAAAUACUCGCCUCGUCGCACCAAGCAACCUAUCAAACUGCCAAUGAUCGACAAUCGCAACCGAACGCGCCGGUCGUAGCACAGAGAACCCAAUACUAUCCCCGGUAUCAUCAUCCGGACAUCACGAAGAGUGCUCCGGUUCCGUUCACUCAGAAUUCGAUCUAUCAAUCGUCGAGCGUAGCUGCAGCUACGUCAUCGGGAAACGUGCAGUUGUCUACGAGGCCGACGCCGGUUGAGCAGAGCAACCCGACCACCGCUUUAGGUCAAGGACACGCUCAGGAGCAAAGAGUGCCACCGAGUUCCUACGGUAAUAACGCUGUGCCACCAUCGAGCACUCCUUCGAUUUACGGCUCGCCAUCGUCGCAGACUUAUCGCACGCCGCAGCAGCAUCAACCGCAGAAUCGAUUAAGCUCAUCGAGCAAUCCAGCAACGGACAGGUCGUCGCAUUCGGAAAGAUCGUCGCAUUCCUCGCGCGUAUCCUCGUCUCCGUCAUGUUCGUCAUUGAACCCGUGCAGCCCUCGCCACACAGCCAACUUAAGUCACAUUCCUUCGUCGUCUUCGUCGUCAUCGUCGUCGUCCUAUCAAAAUCAUCCGGCGCACAUUCCUUCGUCGCACUUGCCAUCCGCCGGAACUAUGAUUCCCCCGCAUCAUCAGGCUCAACAGCAGCCGCCGCCGCAACAACAGCAACAAUCUCAAAUACAGCAGCCUCAGCAGCAACAGCUUUCUAGUCGAAUAAACGCGUCCCCGCAUUCGAUAGGACCGAACUCGUACGCCAGUCGAAUGAUCGUUCACGGGACAUCCGCGGCUUCCUCAUCCUCAAACUCAAAUCAAAUGCCGCCACCGGCAGCGUUGACUAGUGGUUAUCAUCCUAUCGCUUCUCCCCAUGACGUUCCCCGUCACGCUACCCCGUCGCCGCAUAGACAAUCGCCCCACGUAUCCACCCUGCAUACGCCUCACGCCUCUCCUCAUCACACACCCUCUCCUCAUCACACUCCCUCUCCUCAUCACACACCCUCUCCGCAUAGCAGCUUCCAGCCGCAUUCACCGACUUAUCCACCACCACCACCGGCCACCUCCACCCCUCAUUCGUACAACCUUCCCAUUACGUCGCAGCAUUAUCAACCGAACGCCGGCGGGUACGCUGCGAAUCCGUACGGGCUGCCGCCUCAGUCUUCGUAUCAUUCCUUCCAAAAAGGUCCCCAGCCGCCGCACACUCAAGCAAACUACUACUCGCAGUCCAGUCGAUCUCAGAGCCAGGCAUAUGUUCAGCAAAUGUCUAUGGCCGGUCCGGCACCUCGAACAGAAUCUACUUGUUCCGGUAGCGGAAACACUAACGGUGCCACCGGUUAUCAGCCGAGUAAACCGGUGACGUACAACGGCGCCGAUUCGAAGAGAAGCUCGAUGGAGGUCCCUUAUGCUUCUUAUCGAUCUCAGCAGACGUCUGUUCCGAGAACUAACACGCACAACCUUCCACCUAUCGCCGCUCUCUCGUCCUAUCAUUCCAACAGGCGAGAAUCCGCGAGCAAGGCGCAAUCGGUGCAACGGCAACGAUACUCGACCAGCACGGCGAGCAAAGUUUCAGUCGUUGCGCCGCCUACUUCCUCGAUGGCCGCGCCUCAAAGGGUUCCCGAGUACCCGGUCACUUUGCCAACUAUGAGUCACGCCAUGCCGGUCAAUGGAAGGACGAACACGGUAACAAAUUCCUCUUACAGCAGAUAUACCGCUCAACACGGAUAUCCGACCUACGCUACCACCAUGGCGCCUAGUCAUCAAGGGAGCAACUCCUCGAGCAGCACCACCGUUACGUCUAUCGGUCAAGCCGCUCCGAGGUCUUCCGUUCAAACUACCACGGUACAUAGUUAUCAAACGUCGGACACCAAUCGUACGACAUCCUCCUAUCAUCACCAGCCUGUAAGAGCUACUGAGGACUAUGGAUACAAAGAGUAUCCGUACCAGAAUUCGACCGCGUCUACGGUACAGUCUACCGUUGCUUCCUCUAUAGUGACUCCUCCUUCUCAAACGAACGGAAUUCGAAAGAGGGAAUCUCCUUUGGACCUCUCUGUUAAAACGGUGAAAACAUCCGCCGACUCGACCGCUCAGGACGACAUCGAGACGAUCACACCGGAGAAACACGUCAGUAGUUCCACGGUGAUCUCAUCGCGAAGCAACAGUUCGCGAACCAUGUUACCGCCCUCGGCGCAGCCUCCUCCACAACCAGCCUCAUACCCCGCAUACGACAACCGAUUGUCCAGCAAUAACGGGAGAAUCUUACCGCCAACGAGCAGCGUUCGAGCGCCGACGCCUCAGACGGUGUGCGCACCGAAAGUCGACUUCCUGCCAGACUUCAACUCCGCGCCGCUGCGUCACCAUCACGGCCAGCCGCACGAGAAUACUCUUCAGCGGAGAAGUUCCGCGCAACAGCUGUAUGCUCCGCCUCCGCAGUGUCUUUCUUCUCAACAUCCUAAUAAUACCGCUUCACUGCCCCAUAUGUCCACGUUUAAAAAGACUUCACUGCCCACGACGCAGGUGUACGACGCGGUGACUACACCAGCACCGCCUCCGCCGGUCCCGUCGUCUUCUUAUCUGUCGACCAACGACACCAUCGCCUCCAGAACCUCCAGGUAUCCGUCGUCGAUGAUCGAUCCUGCAAGGAUAGGGCCGGCUGCGUUGCCUCUUCAAGAUUACCCGUCCGACCCAUCGAAAUAUUAUCUGGACAGUAGAAGUAAAUUUGGCCAGCCACCGUCGCAGAGCGAUCGAAGCCCUUCGAAGAGGCCUAGCGAGACGAUUUACGGCGGUGGCGGGCCGAACAAGCAGCCGAGGCUCGACACGUGGAUCCAGCAGAGAUUGUCAACGGCGAAAGCGUUGUACGAACAACAGAAGAGGCAAGAGAUGAAUCUACCGGUUCCUUUGCCGAAUGGCACCCUCGUAGCACCUAGCACCUACGAGCAGAGAUCCGAUAGCGGAUACUCGUCGUCCGAGUCCGCGAGGUAUCAGCAAGCUUACUGUGAUAAGAGAAGCUACGCGGAACCUAAGAUCACUCAUAGUUCGUCGUCGUAUGUUCAUCCUGUGAUCACGAAGCCCACGAACGUGCAUUCUUUACCGCAACAGGCAAACGCUAACCAACCAUCCGCGUACACGAAUUACAGACAGAGUCAGAAAGCGGCCGGACUUGUGGUGCCUCCUGGAGUUACUUCCGGCGGACAGGCCACGGAACCGCCGAGCAAUACCGGUGCUGAUAAACGAGUGCUUAGCUUGCUGAGGAAUAGUCUAGAGAAUAAACAGCAAAGGGAAGAGCAAAUGAACAGCCAACAGCCUAUCUUGGCUAAUCAUAGUCAACAAAGUUUUCAGAACAAGGUUGUUGCACCGGUCGAGCCCAAAACGAACAUCGGAAGACACAACCUGUCACCAUUCACAGCAGCGAGCUUACUGGAACGAAACAGCAACACGCCGCCCCAUUACAAGUUUCAUGUGCCGAGAGCGGUAGACUCGAUCACUCAGGAGGCCCCCCGUAGUUUGUAUGGCUCGAGAGUAAAUUCAUCCGCCACGCUACCUGGCAAGGAAGCACUCCUGGGACCCCGAGGAGCCGAGAAUCAGAUUCACCGUGACAAAGACGAUGGCCUCGCAGCUAUAUUGGCCGCGAAAAUUAGAACCAAGGCGGAACUGAAGCAGGUGGGAACCGGUCAAUUUGCAACGAAACCUACGACCGUGCCCUCUCAGGAUACGUCGACUACUCCAAAAGAACUAGACAGCACAGCUUCAACGUCAACUCCGCAAUCCGGUUCAUCGGCGGGUAGUCCGCCAAAGUUGACACGCGAGAAGGUAGCCUGUUUACCUCCCCGAAGACGGUUGUUCUCCAGAACGGAAGAGGAGAAUAUGCCGGUGGCCGCGACUGUUCCGGUUCCGGCGCCAGCGCCGGCGAUUGCCUCUAGCGUGCCAGCACGCGCCAGCGGAUUCAGAAGCUCCUCCGAAACAUCGGUAUUCGACUUCAGGGAGAGCGACUCCGAGGGUGAGAUGCCGGUUCUCGAACGGCAAACACUCGAGGAGAUGAGGAGGGACAGAAAACAACUAUCGAAAGUGCAGCCACCCGUUCCUCUGAACGACGCCAUGUGCAUGGGCAUGACCUCAUCGACGGACCUCGUGAAAAUAGAACUGAAGGAGAACGACAAGAUUACCGAACUGGACACGUUCUGGUCAACCACGUGCGACAAGUUUAUGGAACAACUACGAACAGGAGACGCGAUGAAGAAACGCGGUCGCAAAAAGAAGGUCAGCUGCACGAUAACAUCCAAGCUUGAUGACACGGGCAACGAUAGCAGCAAAGAAUUAGACGCUAAUACAUCUCAGAUCAAACCAGAGGACAUCAAAAAGGAAAUCCAAGAUGUCGAUUCACCUCUGGACAGUAAAGACGAGUCUCUGGAAACGAACAAGGAUGAUGAAGCUUCUGAGAUGACGGACAUCAAAAUAGAAGUGAAGACCGAGCUAGAGGUGAGCAAGGAUGAUGAGAAAAAUUCUAGCGAUGAUUCUGACGAGGUGCCGCUAAUUCGACGGGCAAAGAAAAAGAUGAAGAAGGAUGACAGUGAUUGCGAGGAGGAGAUAAUAUGUAGGAAGAGAAGGAUUCGUAGAGGAAGCAGAAUUAAAUUACAAUCGUCCAGCGGCAGUGAUUCCUCUAGCGAAGAGAGCGAUGCUAGUACGGAGUUUGGUCACGGUUCUUCAGUAGCUGAUAGGCUAAGAGCAAGAAAACGUUGCACCAACAGUAGCAUUGAAACCGAAGGAAUGAAGCUUAGAUCCAGAGAUACGACACCACAGAAGGCUAAGAAUGAGAAAGAGUCGAAAUGCUCCACCUCGAAGACUUCUACGUCUCAGAAAACGAAACCGAAGCCUUUGUUUGGCGAUGGUAGUGAUUUUAGGCCCGGAUGGGAGGAGGAGGUGUACGUCUACAAAAAAUCCUUGAGAAUGCCACCUAGGUUGAUCACCGUGUCGAAACCAUCAAGGUUCCACAGGUUGUCCACCUCGUUGCCUGAUUUGGACCCAGGAUCUCCAGCUUUGUCAGUCUCUAUGGACAGUUCCGACGUGUAUUUGGACAGAAAGAAAUUGGUAGACAGCGAUGUAGAAUCUAACUACAGCUUUAGUACCACUGAGAUUGGGAUAGGAAGUAAGAUCGACGAUGAAGAGGCCACGUCGUCUACGACAAUCUCGUGUCCUCCUAAGGGUAUGAAGCAUUCAAGAUCGGAAAACAGUUCCAUCGUCGACGUCCUAGCUCAGAGGGUAGGAACCAGUAAGAAAGAGCAGAAGAGGAAACAGAAAGAAAAAUCGGAUAAAGGUGGAAAUAAAACGUUGCAGAAAGGCAACAACGAACCUGAACUGCUUCCGACUCCAAGUUUGAUUCCUUUGUUGGAAUCGUCUAAAUCACCAAAGGGCAAAUCGCCUGUCAAAGAUAACAAGGUGAAGCCUAUCAAGGUGACGGAUUCGUUCCUACUUGGUUACUUCCGCAAGGAAACGGUAAACAACUUUCGCGACACGUUUAAAAAUAAUCAUGCUCUACCGAACGAAUUUUCAACAUUCGUGCUGAAGAGUAGAACGAGAACAGAAACGCGAGUAUUGAAGAAACAAGCGACCAUCAGAGAAGUCUUUGGCGAAGACAGGCCAGCCUCAGCGCCCCCCAUGCAAAACCACGACGAUACUUCUCAGGACGACGACUCGCAGACUGAAACGCCAGAGAACAGGGUGAGGAAAGAGAGGACCUUGAAGCAGAAAGUUGUUUCGCGAUUGAAGAACGCUGGAAUUUUGAGGAGACACAAGGCGAUCAUGAACUCGAAGCAACAUCAUCUUUUGAUGGAGAGGCGAAAGGAUUUGUUGAAAUCUUUGGCCGAGAAGAAACUACGCCGCUUAAAGGCGGAAGCGGAAGAGGAGCCGGUGCAGGAAGAGACUAACGAUGCGCAGGAAGCGGAAAACAACGAGCUUGAUGACGAGACCAAUGAGUCAGAAGUUCCUAAUAAAAAGAAGCUUAAACUGAGGACAAGCAGACGGAAGUUCCGCUCCGGAUUCGAUUACAUUCGCAAAAAGAAAAAACCGUUGAAGAAGGACGAGACGCUGCCUAAAGAAAGGAAGAGGCAAGUUCUAACAAGGCCCAGUCCAGAAUGUGUAGCUGAUAUUCAGUCGGAGAUUAGGACGUGGGUGAUCAAGAAGGGUGUCGGCGAAACAAUGUUGCAUCGUGCCGCCAGACUCGGUUACACGGAUGUCACUGCAUACUGCUUAGAGAAGUUGAAUAACGCGCCGAGCCCAAAGGAUAACGCGGGAUACACGCCGCUUCACGAAGCAUGUUCGAAGGGUCACCUGGAAAUCGCGAAAUUGUUGCUCGCGUACGGGGCGAAUGCGAGUGAAAGUGCCAACGGUGGAAUAAGACCACUUCACGAGGCAGCAGAAAAUGGUGCUACCGAACUCGUACGCUUGCUACUUUCUUAUGGCGCUGAUCCUCUAUUAGCUACUUAUUCUGGACAAACCCCGCUGAUGUUAGCUGCAGAUACCGAUGCCUAUUCGAUUCUAGAACAACACUUAGAUGAUAUUCAGGGUCGUACAAGUACAGCGUGGUCGUUUGGUGGCCCGUCUUCUAUCUUUGACCCAGAAGAAACUGGUUACAAUCCCCUCGACGAUCCUCCUAUGGACAGUCCAGAACCCGAAUUAGAUGAAAUCGAGAUAGAAAUGGGCGACGUGAACCUGCCAGUUCUCUUUUCCCUCGCCAACGAUCCAGACAAGUGGGUUCUCCUCCAGGAUCUGAUGGCUGCCCUAAGAAUAAAAAGCAGGGACGCGUUGCUGCGUCAAGUGAAUCCUAAAGCUCACGCUGGUCCACCAGCGAUCGCUCAUCGCGACGUCAUGAGAGAACUGAAGCUGCAAGAUUUCCUGGAACAAUCCCGUUGCUGCCAUCUGCUCAGCGGCGGCGAGCGAAUCAACGUGAGAGGGUCCAAGGUGACUCUGAUUAAGUACAACGAGAAAGUGAGAUCCCUGUUGAACGUAGAGAAAGUGGUCAUCAGCCUAAGGUGACAAGAGGCGUCGCUGGGGCAUUCAUCACCCCAGGCGAAGCCGUCAACUUCCGCCUCGAAGGAAUCGUUGAAGAAGAUCUCCAGUGUUUCGCCUAAACGCGAAAGGCAAGCAAGAACGCGACAGGGUAACAAGACAGUUGUCACGGAUUCAACGUGAAUCGGGAGAUAUCGUUAGCCGUAAAAAGUCACUGAGCGGCUAAGUGGAAAGUUCCAUUUGAUCAAGAUCUAGUGUUUUACUUUGAUUCUGUUCAAACAGGAUCGAACGAACAAUUAUACACGGGAAGUAUAUAGAAUUAGUGGUUCAGGUACGAUCGAAGAGGAAGAUAGUUCAAUGGCAGUGCAUUUGACGCGUUCUAUUAGCAGUAUUUAUUGACAGAUGUUCCAAAUGGAGCACAGUGAUAUUUUAUCGAUAUAUCCGUUGGGGGCCGAGGGAUGAUGACGUCUUUAACCAUGUUUUCUAGAUGAAGAUCGUCAUCCUGAUCGAACUUUUUGUUCUUUGGUUUGAACGAUUUGAUAUAGAAAACAGAGAGAAUUUGAACAAUCUUUGUGAAGAAUCGGAAGAGAAAUCUUUCGUUCGAGCUCCAGCCGUGUAGAUUUUAAUCGUAAUAUUGGAAUCUGGUGGAAGUCCACGCGCUUAUUGUCAGUGCGAUUAUUUGUUGAAGGAAUCGAUUUUAACGGAGAACUUGAAACUCCGCGUGAAUGAGCAUCACGUAUGUCUCACGUUCUCUGCUCAUCGAUGUGAUUGUUUUAAGUUAGCAAUGAACGAACGUUGGAACGUACGAAUUAUCCAAUCGCUAUCAGCUUUGUCACGUUACCACGUUAUUAAUUUAAAUAAUUUCGUUUUGUUGUUCCCUGUCUUUGUUUCUCUUUUCUCUUUUUUUUUUACUAGGUACUAGCGAGUCGAUUAAAAAUGUAAUUCGGUUAUGUGUUUACCGUUGUAGAUUUAAGUAAGCGUUUAUUAAUCGUCGAAAAAUAUGGAGCAUUUAUGUUUCUUGUUAUCUCCUCUUUCUUCCUUUUAUUUUCUUUGGGAUGUGCAAUUUCGCGAGUCUGCUUUCCAUUGAACGAUUGCCGACCGAUAAGCGCGAUCGAUCAGUGUUUGUUAAGUCUAAGAGAUAUAAAGAAACGGACCGAUGGUAAUAUUCAGUGUGCAAUAAGUUUCAUCGAACUCACGAUGAUUGAUUUACGAAUUAGCGGUUUCCAUUUCAGAUUAUAUUCAGCUGUUUACUUGUUGGAACGGCGAGAAAAUGCAAUCGACGCGUUCACUGUUGUCUAGUUCUAUUUGUUUUUAUUAUCACUAUCACGCUCGUUAACUAGUAUGCUCAAGUUGUUUCUCAUUUAGACUUUAACCUGUCGAAUUGACGAAACAUUUUUCGUUAUGGAAUAAAUGUAAGCGGUUAUUAAUUUUCUAGCUAUUCUUUAUAUUAACGCACGGGAGACUAUCAAUAGUAGGUCUUUUAAAGGCUACAAAUGUUCAGCAGUGAACGUGUACAAGGAUCAUUGACGCAUCCGAUUUACGAAAGAAUUCAUCGAAUGCGAUGAUGGAACCGAUCUCUACGUACUUAUAUCUUCGAAAGCGUAUUAAAUGUGUGCGUCGAAGGGGAAGGUUGAACACUGAAAGGAACAGAGAGAGACCUCCUACGUAUCGUAGACAGAAGCUUUUACAAGUUUUUUAGCAAAAUCUAAGCACGCUCGCGGGCGCGUUUCAUUUUACUCCGUGUGUACAGAGAUUAUCCAAUCGUUCUGAUCAGUCUCAGGGAAAUAUCCGUAUGCGUAUUCUCGAUAUCCUAUGCGUUGCAUCGAUUUGAAUAGAGACGCGACCAGGCAUCUCUGGUUGAUCGACGGAUGAACGUUCGUUAAGAUUUAUGUUAUACCGAUUUCUUCGCGAUGUACAGUAAGCAUAGAGAAAGAGGAAUACCGUUUUAGUCUUCGUACGUUGAACGAACGUUUCCGGUCUGUCGCCGUGAUCGACCGAUGGCUGGUGGCUCGCUCGCUGCUCGUUUUAAUUUUAUUUAGCUGACGAUUUCUAAACUCGAAUAUAUUACCGAACAAUACCGUGGACGAAGUGCAGUUUACACGUGUACAUAACUUAUUUUCGAAUAAAAAGCUAGUGUCACCUGCCAUGCAAAUGUAUGCAUCGAAGGACUUCGGAUUCCUUCGCGGUCAGUGAUCCUAUAUGCGAUUCUUGUUAAAAAAAUAAUCUGGAACGAAGUUCACGAGAACAUAGGGAAAAAGAAAAAAAAGAAAUAUAUAUAUAUAUAUAUAUAAUAUAUUACAUAUUUAUAUAUGAUAUAUAAUAUAUUAUAUUAUAUAUGUUACAUAUUAUAUACAUAUAUAAUAUACACACUUAUAGUAGAAGUAAAAUAGAUCGAAAGGCGGAUUGGAGGGUGGCGAAUCAAGAUAGGAAGGGAAAAGUAACUGUACGUACUGUGCGUGUAAUGUACCUUUUAAAUGUAAAGUAGAUACCGAAUUACCGAAUAUAAUAGUGUAAGUAGUCAAAAAGAACACGACACUUGUUCAUGCAAACUAUAGGGGCGUAUACACAUAUUUACGCACGAGUAAUAGCAUAAAAUAUAAGGAAAAGGGAAAAAAUCAGGCGGCUUAGAUUAACUCGAGGAAGAACGUUGUAAUUUCAGCGAAAAAAGAAGCCGAAUAAUGCGCUGUUACGGGCGUAUGUAUAUAUAUAUACACACAACACGCAGAUACUUUCUCGCAAUAUAAUAGGGGCUAUUGCAGUUACUAUCGCUAACUAAUAAUAAUAAUUAUUAUUACUAUUAUUACUACCGGUCACCGAAUACUACUACGAAUACUACGAUUACCGCUAUUACUAUUUACUAUUUGCCACUACCAUUACUAUAACUACCACAACUACUAUUACUACCACUGUCACGACUAUCCGCUUUUUUUAUUGUACGAUAUAUACAUAAUACCGAACUAUGAAUGUACAUUUCUUAGCUGUAACGUCUCCUCUUCCUCCAUUGUAAUUUAUAUAUUAUAUUUGAGGAAUACUUCUAAAUGUGUUGAAGAAAAAGAAAAAACCGCUGCUGCUUUACGAGAAGAAGGAAUUCUAUGUGAGAAAGAACAAAAUAUAUUAUAUAUAAAUAUAUAAAUAUAUAAAUAUAUAUGUAUAUAUACGUACAUAUAUAUAUAUUUUAUUUCAGAAGUUUAGUUUAAUGGAUAAUAAUGUUAAAAAAAAAUACGCGAGGAAGGAUACAAAUUUAAUUCUCUCUGUGAUUCGUCUAAACAAUGGAACUAAGUAAACAAAAAAAAAAGAAAAUUAAGAAAAACAAAAAAGAAGAAAGAGUUAUGGUUAUAUUAAUUAAUUAGUAUUAUUAUUGUCAUUGUCAUUUAUCAUUGCUCUGUACCGCAAGUUUAUCGAACAACAAGUCACAAUGGACCGACAAACUCGAUUUUCGUAAUGAACUCGACUCGUGAUUUUCUUUUCGCUAAUAACAGUAACGAGUUAUCCUAUCGAUGUAAUAAAAACAAGUAUUUUUACCGAUC